CCAUUCAACGCAGCUCGCAAAUAAUCGUCAUAAUUUAAUUCGAAACAAGAGCUAGAAAGUUCCGACUAACGUUAAAUGACACGAAGCCAUAUAACGGUAGUUCUCAUUAGGCAUUGUAACCAACAAUAGUGGCGAUGACGCAUAUCGGAAGUUGUGCUUAUAUUGAUUUCAAGGCCAGUGCGAUUUAACAACUUGCUUUUUAAGCAAAGAUGUGUACUUGUCAUUGGAGCUAACAGAAAGCACAAGUAUGUUAGGGGCCGCAGCAUAAGGGCUACUUAUUGCAACUUCUUCUAAAUGUAAUUCCCCAUUAGAUAAAAUAGGCUGGUGUUGUGGACGUCUCACAAGUUUAAGUCAAAAUAACUGAAGAUGUUUGAAAACAAGUCCAUGACUCAAGCUUUAGCCAAGAAUUGUAUUUAAACCGAAACGUUUGAGCAUGAACCAUUUCAGCCACUUCGAGGCAGCUAACAGUUACCCUUAAUUAAUGUGGGUCACGCGAAGCUUAACGCCACUGUCGUGUGCUUGACAAAUGCAAAACCGGUGUGAUAGCCUCCCGUGACCAACCUUGCAGCGCCAUAUAAACAGGUUAGAAUAUCUGUGUGGCUGCUCAGAGAAGAACACAUUUAUCCUGGGUUAAGGUUUCACAUUUUUUAGGGCGCAGAAUCCAGGUACUGCUCCUGCCAUGGUACAUCUCCACAGAUGCCCUCGUAGCUAUUCAGGCGUAUUUGCCAGGGCAUGUGGUGCCCAAGCUCACCUAUUGGCGAUUGCGCAGUUUUACCUUGGGCAUGCGUGUGCAAUGAUGAUUAAUAGCGUCACUGAGGGUGCCCAGAAGCAACCCAGUUUCGCAGAGCUAUAGCGAGAGAGAGCGCAGGGCACCAUUCCUUCGUAGUUAGUUCAAGCCGAAAGACGGGUGCCCGAAAUGGUUUCACGCUCCCCUGAGCAUCACUGAUCUCCGACAGAUCAAUGAGUGGCUGCCAGCACAAAUACGGGCGAGCGGUCUGUUUCAAUGCCAUUCAGAUUGCCAAUGCAAGGAUGAAGGGCUCCCACUCAGUAAAGAGGCAUCGCAUUACUAUUCACACCUCGCACAGCGAUGGGCGCAGCGAGGUGCCCACGCGAGCGGGUCGCUCGGGUGCCCGCUGCAGGAACUCCAUCGCCUCCUGUGCCGACGAGCAGCCGCACGUCGGCAACUACCGGCUACUCAAGACCAUCGGCAAGGGCAACUUCGCCAAAGUCAAGCUGGCCCGACACAUCCUUACUGGGAGAGAGGUUGCCAUCAAAAUCAUAGAUAAGACACAGCUGAAUCCUACCAGUCUUCAAAAGCUCUUCAGGGAAGUCAGAAUAAUGAAGAUUCUCAACCAUCCAAAUAUUGUAAAGCUGUUUGAAGUCAUUGAGACGGAAAAGACCUUAUAUCUCAUCAUGGAAUAUGCAAGUGGAGGGGAGGUGUUCGACUACCUCGUAGCACAUGGGAGGAUGAAGGAGAAAGAGGCCAGGGCUAAAUUUAGACAGAUCGUGUCUGCCGUGCAGUAUUGCCAUCAGAAGCGCAUCGUCCACAGAGAUUUGAAGGCGGAGAACCUGCUCCUGGACGCCGACAUGAACAUCAAGAUCGCUGACUUUGGCUUCAGCAACGAGUUCACCGUGGGCAACAAGCUGGACACCUUCUGCGGUUCGCCGCCCUACGCCGCGCCCGAACUCUUUCAGGGCAAGAAGUACGAUGGGCCCGAGGUGGACGUCUGGAGCCUGGGGGUAAUCCUCUACACGCUGGUCAGCGGGUCGCUGCCCUUCGACGGACAGAACCUAAAGGAGCUGCGUGAACGUGUUUUAAGAGGGAAGUAUCGGAUCCCCUUCUACAUGUCCACCGACUGUGAGAACCUGCUCAAGCGUUUCCUGGUGCUGAACCCAUCCAAGCGGGGCACGCUCGAGCAAAUCAUGAAGGACCGGUGGAUCAAUGCUGGGUGUGAUGAGGAAGAUCUGAAGCCCUUUUUGGAGCCUGAGCUCGACAUCACGGACCAGAAGAGAAUAGACGUCAUGGUGGGGAUGGGCUAUUCGCGUGAGGAGAUCAACGAGUCGUUGACGCGCAUGAAGUACGACGAGAUCACCGCCACCUACCUGCUGCUGGGCAGGAAGUCCACCGAGCAGGAGGCCAGUGACUCCAGCUCAAGCAGUAACCUCUCCCUGGCCAAGGCCCGGCCCAACAGCGAGCACAACAACGGCCAAUCCCCUUCGCACCUCAAGGUCCAGCGCAGCAUUUCCUCCAAUCAGAAGCAGCGGCGCUACAGCGACCAGGCCGGCCCGGCCAUCCCCUCGGUGGGCGGCCCCAAGCGCAGCCAGACCACGACGGCCGGCGGCGACCUGAAGGAGGAGGCGUCGUCGGGGGCACAGCCCCGCAAGUCUAGCUCCUCGGGUAGCCGAGGCGUGGCGCCGGCCAGCCCGCUCCUGGGCAACGCCAACAACCCCAACAAGGCCGACAUUCCCGACCGCAAGAAGGGCACCGCCGCCCCCGGCAGCACGGCGUCCAGCGGUAUGACCAGGAGGAACACCUAUGUGUGCAGCGAGCGGAACGCAACAGACAGGCACUCAGUCAUCCAGAACGGCAAGGAGAACAGUACGUCGGGCGCGGUGCCCGGCCAGCGGAGCCACGCAGGCAGCGGCGGCGGCGCCUCCACGCACAGCGUGAGCAGCGGCAGCGGCGCCACGCCACCGGACCGGCUGCGCUUCCCGCGGGGCACGGCCAGCCGCAGCACCUUCCACGGCGGGCAGCUGCGAGAGCGCCGCACGGCCACCUACAACGGGCCGCCCGCCUCGCCCACGCUCUCGCACGACGCCACGCCGCUCUCGCAGGCACGCAGCCGCGGCUCCACCAACCUCUUCACCAAGAUCACCUCCAAGCUCACGCGCAGAGGGCCGGCAGAGUUUGAGAGGAAUGGGAGAUAUGAGGGUUCAAGUCGCAACGUUUCCGGGGAGCCCAAGGAGGACGCAAAGGACAGCAAGCCCCGCUCGCUGCGCUUCACGUGGAGCAUGAAGACCACCUCCUCCAUGGAGCCGGCCGACAUGAUGCGCGAGAUCCGCAAGGUGCUGGACGCCAACAACUGCGACUACGAGCAACGCGAGCGCUUCCUGCUCCUCUGCGUCCACGGCGAUGGUCACGCCGAGAGCCUGGUCCAAUGGGAGAUGGAGGUGUGCAAGCUGCCCCGCCUCUCCCUCAACGGCGUGCGCUUCAAAAGGAUAUCGGGGACAUCUAUCGCCUUCAAGAACAUCGCCUCCAAAAUCGCCAACGAGUUAAAGCUGUAAACUGGGACACCCUAAUUGAAAAGCGGAGGAGGGGAAAAAAGAAAACAAAUAACAGUGACAUACAUACAAAAACGACAUUAAACGAUACCAGAGAAAAUGUGAAAAAAAGCGACUAAAGGACUAAAGGCACACACAAAAAAAACUAGCAUAAUCAAGCUGUACAUGGUUUAUGAACAAACAAACAAAAGUAGCAGAUACUGAAAAUAGCGCUCAAAAAACACUUACAAAGUAUGUACCAGAAAAUAAUGUAUAGACUUAUGCCUUAGGCAAUAAUUUCCCGCAUCUUUCCAUUGUUGUUAUUAUUAUUAUUAUUAUUAUUAUUAUUAUUAUUAUUAUUAUUAAUUAUUAUUAUUAUUACUGAUGCGGUCGUUGAUUAUUAAAAAGUGAGGAAUUGAAUUGCAUUGUUUUUCUGUUUUCUCUUUUUCUUUCUUUUUUUUUUAUUGUGCACUACUGCAUUAGUUGGGCUGUGUGGCCAUAGUCAUCCACCGGUCCACCCACAACCCCAGCAAAGAAAGUCACUUUACAGAAGAAAACAAAACAACAACAAAAAAAGUCACAAAAAAAAAAGUGGGGAUGAAAGCCAACGGCUCCAUCCUUCCCUGUGCUGCCUCCUGGCUUCGUCUUGGCCCUCGACCCCCCCACCCGGUGAAACUGGCACAUAGUGUGGCCAACGCCAACGCCACCCUCAGCUGACACGCUGGUCUGGGUAGGUUAGAGGCCAGCAGCUGCACUCGCACCAUGUGAACAUAAUCUAUUUUUUUCGUCUUUGUUCGUUCGUUCGUUUGUUCAUUCUGUUUCCUUUGUUCAUGUCUCUGGGUGAUGGUGGUGCUUUCUUAUCCGAAGACCCCCGGUGCCCCUAUAUGUGUGCACGCAUGCACACCCACUCAAGCAGCCACCCUCUCACACACACAAACACACCUCAUUAGCAACACUGCUGAGUCCCUCCCAUCACCCCUGUCCCGACCGAUGCAGCUGGUCGUCCCCCAGCAGCAGCAGCAGCAGCAGCAGCAGCAGCAGCACUCCCAGGACCCCACUGAUGGUGUUUCAGGACCCCACUGAUGGUGUUUCAGGACCCCACUGAUGGUGUUCCAGAGGCAAGAGGCUGAAUAGAAGAGGGCCACCCAAAGCCACUCAAGGCUCCGCCGUGCACAUAAUGGGCCCCUGAAAGAGAGAGAGAGAAAGAGCUCUAGUCCAGCGCUGUAGGCUGGAGGGCUUACACAAACACACACACACACACACACACACACACACCCACACGCACACACACACCCACACGCACUCACAUACGCACUCACAAACGCGCUCCCAAACACACAAAUUUUGAAAAAUGGGGAUGAGCUUUUUACUGUGUCUCAUUACCUUGAGUCUAUAUUGAGUUUGUUAAAUAAUAUAAUUAUUAAAAAGAAAGAGAGAGAGAUUGAGUGUGUGGUUGGGAAUAUUUUCCUUCCUUAUGUAUUUUAUUUUUUUGUCUGUUGUCAUGGAUCUUACGAGAAUGCCCUCUGCUAGCUCUUGACAUGGGUCAGUAGAGGUGGUGUCAUUUUGGUAAAGAGUUCAAAGGUCAGAGUUCAAGUUGCCAGACCACCAGUAUUCACUCCAAACCCCUUCGUAUUCUAGCACUGUCAUUUCGUUUUUUGUUUAUUUUACUGAUUAUUUUGUUUUGUCUUUCUUAUUGGUUGGAAUGUAAAUAAUGUGCAUUAGUUUGGCGACCACAGCAUCAUGAUGUACCAUUUUUUUUUUUUUUUUUUUUUUUUCUUUUUUCUUUUUUUUUUAAGUCUGGCUAAUAGCCAGAAACAAAAAUAAUGUAACUCAUCACAGGUUAAGGUUAAUCAGUGUCUCCAUUAAAACACUCUAAAAGCA